AUGGCGUCUCACGUUGUCGUAGUGGACACGGCCGCUCGCACCGCGCGCAUCAAGACCACGCCCGCCAAGCACCUCACUGAAGUCCUCAGCGAGGCCUGCGCCAAGUUCAACCUCAACCCCGACAACUUCACCUUGAAAUAUAACAACAAACCCGUCGACCUCUCUCGUACCAUAAGACUCGCGAACCUCCCUCCUGGUGCUAAGCUCGACCUUGUGCAAGGCUCCCGAUCCCCCUCUGUCGUCAACAUCGCCCUCCAGCUCGAACAGCAGCGCCUCACCCACAAAUUCCCUAGCGACACGUCGUUAUGGCAGGUCCUGCGUGUAUUCGAGACAGUAUCAGAAAAGAACUUGAACCUCACGCAGCGGGGCGUGGCAGUCACCAGUUCUGGCGGUUCUGGUUCCGGCCGACUGAACUACGAGAUGCCGAUCUUCAACAUCAUGGGGAAGGAAGUGGGCACCUUCACAGACCUACAGAAGACGCUGGCACAGCAUGGGCUGACGGGCGGCAGCCAACUGCUCCGCUGCUCGUUCAGAGACAGCGGCAAGUCGCUGGAGGACGCUAUGACUGAGAUAUCGGGGUAUUUCAAGAGCGCGGAGACACCCGAGGCCACCAAGGAAACACAGGGAGCGCAUACCAACAACGCAGGUACAUCUGCAGCGGCACCAGAGACUCCCACGCCAGCAGCACCCGACAAUGCUGCCUUUGAGCCCAAUCCACCAGAGCCCUCUGCAUCAGCUAUGGAGGAUGUCAUUCCGACCUCACAAGAAGAUACAACGCCUGCCCCAGCACCCGCAGCAGAAGCAGCGCCCGCAUCUGAGCCCGAUGCUCCCCCGUCAGACACAGUUACCGGGCCUGAUCAACGACCUAUGAUCAUCUACACCCCUUCAACCUCGACCACUCCAGCCGCAGUCCGCAAUACCGCCUUUAAUGAAGAAGACUACGUCCCAACCAUUGACCACGCCAAAUCGCACCAAGCGCUUCUCCAGAAUGCGGGCAAGAACAAGCGCCUCGCCUCGGACGCCGAGCUUGCAGCGGCUGAGCAGGCCAAAGCUGAAAAGCUCGCUGCCAUUGAGGGAGUGACGAUUCGCGUCCGCCUGCCGGACACAUCGCACGUCGAGGCGCGCUUCGGUAAGCAGGAGACGACCGCCGCGCUGUACGCCUGCGUGCGCGGUGUGCUCGCGUACCCGGACCAGCCCUUCGCCCUCAAGUACCCCGGCGCUCGCGGCCUGCUCGUCACCCUCAGCGAAGACAAAGCCAAACGCUUGGUCGCGGACCUCGGCUUCCAGGGCCGGCAGUUGAUGAACCUGGUGUGGGAAGAUGGUGCGAGCGGCGCUGCGCGGACAUCACGCAGCUUGAAGCAGGAAUGGUAUGCGAAGGGACACGAAAUGACGGUCAAGGAACCGCCUGCCGCCUCCGUCUCGGACGAGAAGGCAACGAAGACAAACGCCGGAUCGGAGAAUGCGCCACCGGCCAAAAAGCAGGCAAGCUCUGGAGACAAGGAGUCGAAAUUGAAGGCUAUGCUGAACAAGGGCUUGUUCAAGGGCCGAAAGUAA